CCUGCCCAGUGCCCUCCCUCCAUCUCCACUUACUACUCUAAGCUCAGCCCCCCAUAAGCAUCUCUGAAAAAGAAAGAUGAAGCUAAUGGCCUCGAGUAAUCUUCCAUUUUAUAAUCAUGCAGAAGAUAUGUACAUAGAUAUGGAACUAAGCUGUUCUUCCACCAGUGUGUUCUUUUCUUGCCCACAAGCCAGAGAUUUUGAAUUUCAAAUGUGUGAUUCUACUCAUCUUGAAAAAGAAACUAUCAGCUCUCCUGCUGAUGAACUCUUCUACAAAGGAAACCUCCUUCCUCUUCACCUUCCACCGCGCUUAGAAAUGGUCGAAAAGCUUCUCCAAAACUCAACCACCAAAAAUUUUAGUGAUGAUCAAGAAUGCAGCAUUGUACUUCCUUCUACCACCGAUACCACUCCACUGGAUCAAUCGUGCAACAUUUCUCCAUCGGAGUCUUAUCGUGUCAGUUGUGAACUUAAUCCAGCUGACUACAUUGAAUGGUCCAGUGAAUUGAGUGGUUUUAUAAGCGGGACUGAUCAGCCUAAAAAAUCCUGGUCCAGGUAUAAGCUCAAGCUCAUUAAGAAAUCUUGUUUAGGCCAAAAGCUUAAGGCCUCGCGAGCGUAUUUGAAAUCUUUAUUUUCAAAAUCUGGUUCUGAUGAACCAUCUGCCAAAACAACAUGCAAAGAUGAAGAAUCUGAAGGUAACAAAGAUUAUUUCAGCAGGUACAUUAAGGUUGCUAAAAAGACCCCCUAUGGGCAACUUAUGAAAGGAAUGAAAAUUCCAACAUUAGUGUCUGUCAUGAGUAGUAUUGAGAAAAAUGGCUUUGAUCAGGAUAACAAUAUUACUUCUCACAGAAAAUCAUUUUCUGCAACAAAACAGCGACCAUCCACCAUAAAAUCCUCAACUUCAUGUUCAUCAGGCUCUUCAUCUUUAUCAUCUUCAUUUUCGUUAUACUCGAAUGGGGUAUAUGAUCCACAGCUACUCAAGAGAAGCAACAGUGCAACUUCAGAGAUAGAGAGUUCUAUUGAAGCAGCCAUUGCAUACUGUAAAAAAUCUCAGCAACUCUUUACCACAAGAAACACAGCAAGUGAAGCUGGUUUUUGCUCAUUUUCUGUUGUAGCUUAAAGUAUCCAAUGUUUCAUUUUUACCCAUUUCCAUUGUAUUUACUGAUUUCUUUCAGUUCCCAUGUGAUCUUCAGGCAUUUGAUCAUAAUUCACCUGUACAAAUAUGUGUAUUUACCCUGCAGACAAAACUACUACUGUAACAUUCUGGUUUUUUACUGUGUGGACAUGAGUAUUAUUGCUACAUUGUCAGAGUAGGUUAAAUAAUUUCAAAGACAUUUCAGCAGAGAUUUCUGACUUGCAUUCUGCACUCAGUAGUCUGUUCUUCCCUGCUGUUUCCUUGCA